AUGGAGGGGGAAGAAACGUUCCUGGAGCUCUUCCUGGCCCAGUGCGCCACCCAGGAUGACCUUGCUCCACCCAGAUCACCCCUGCUCAGCCCAAUUGUGCCUUAUGAUGUGUACAUACCUAAUUCAUCCAAUCCAGAGACUAUGUUUAAUUCACAGCUUGAAGAAGUCACAGAAACAUCUGGCAAUUUCUCAUCUGUGGAUCUUAGCUUCCUACCAGAUGAGCUUACCCAAGAGAAUAAAGAACAGACUGUCAUUAGAAGCAAGCAUGAAACUGAAGAAAAUUGUAAAACUAAAAGUUGGCAAAGUAGGUUGCCAUUACCCAGCCAACAGGACGUUGACCUGGCCUUAAACAGCAGCAGUGGGUCAAAUUCCCAUUCACAUCUCCACCCUGGUGAUGCUGGUGAUGCUGACUCAGCCCAGCCCUCUCCUGAGAAACCACACUCCUUGCCUCUGGCAUCCAUAACUCCCAUGACGCCAGUGACCCCUGUUUCAGGAUGUUCUGGAAUUGUGCCUCAACUACAGAAUAUAGUUUCCACUGUAAACCUGGCCUGUAAAUUGGAUCUGAAGAAAAUAGCUUUGCAUGCAAAAAAUGCAGAAUAUAACCCAAAGAGGUUUGCCGCCGUCAUAAUGAGGAUCCGAGAGCCCAGGACUACAGCCCUGAUAUUUAGCUCUGGGAAAAUGGUCUGCACAGGAGCCAGAAGCGAAGAGCAGUCUCGACUUGCAGCAAGAAAGUAUGCUCGUGUGGUGCAGAAGCUGGGCUUUCCUGCCAGAUUCCUCGAUUUUAAAAUUCAGAACAUGGUUGGAAGCUGUGAUGUGAGAUUUCCUAUUAGGCUGGAAGGUUUGGUGCUAUCCCAUCAGCAGUUCAGUAGUUAUGAACCUGAACUGUUUCCUGGCCUUAUUUACAGAAUGGUAAAACCACGAAUUGUGUUGCUUAUCUUUGUAUCUGGAAAAGUUGUGUUGACAGGUGCCAAAGAACGUUCUGAGAUCUAUGAAGCAUUUGAAAACAUCUAUCCUAUUCUAAAGGGUUUUAAAAAGACCUGA